GCAAAUUAAAUUGAUACAGCUCUUGUUUCGUGCAGGACAAAACGCAACAAAUUUCUCCGCGGAUUCAUUAGAAUUGCUGAUAAAGACUUUUGUUUUAAUUGUUAUAUAAGAAAUUGAAAUAUAAUUUUAGUGUUGUGAAAUUUGAUAUUCCUAUUCAGUCAUCAUGGAUCUGAAGUUAAUCAUCAUCUUUCUUUCUAACAUUUUGAUAAAAACAGUGUCUCUUCAACCUCAUGUGGUUUAUAAACCAACAGAGUUUCCAUAUUCAAGAUGCUUAAAACAUGAUACAAACCGAGUAACGUGUGAAAAACUUAAUAUCAGUAAAGAAAGAAAAGAAAAACAGAGCAUGUGGCCACCAGGACCAUACGCUAUACGCAUGUCCAAGUAUGGCUGUCCGGAAUCACUGUCUCGGGGAUGGUUGAAAAGCUUUGUGAAGGUCAACAUGGUGGUACUUAGUAACAGUUCUGAAAAGAAUACUACAAUUUCGGGUAGGAAGUCGGGGGAUAAUUUCUUAUUCAUUGGCGAUGACUUUUUCAAAUCGCCAUAUCAAACAGAAGAUUUGAAGCUUUAUUUCUGCGUAAAAUUUCGAAACGAUGUCAUACUUGAUCAAGGACAAUGGAUUCCAGGAAACUAUAGCAUUUAUAGAAUUGGGACAUCUUGUCCUUUAGCAUUCGAAGAGUAUAACAGAACUCUUCCUGUAACUCACUUUGUGUCGUAUGGCCAUGUUCCUUAUAUUGAAAUAUCAACAGAAGGGCAAUCUACAGAUUUCAUUAACAUUUCGAUGUGUAAAAGAACAAAAUUUAUUGGUACGGGAGACAUUCACACAAAUGUUACGUUCAAAAUGUUGGAAACUGACUUCAUUCUUGAAAAGGUAUAA